CAUCGACCGUGAGUGAGAUUGCAGGCAAAAAAAAAAAAAGGCGACAAAACGAUGGCGCCACAAGUUCUAAUCUUUCUGCACUCUUUAGGGAGUAAAACUAAAGUCCUUGUGAAUAACAUCCAUCUUGUCUCGAAUGGACAUGAACGUCUCUGCCUUUUUUGUCCGUCCAAGUUAUGUUCACCAGCUGUCGCAUUACUAUCUUUUCUUAUGACAAGGACUCCUGGGCCUUUUUGUCCGCUCACUUCCUAAAUUGGUCUAGCACCAACCAUAGGCGAAACCCAAAAUCCACUUAAAAGGGGGCUGAUGCACGUGACAGCGUGCGAAUAUCGUAUCAUUUGGUGUCGCGUCCGGGACUGCCGGCAAUGUUCCCGGGCGCGCUGCGUAGCAAAAAAAUCCCAGCCCCCUCAAUUUCCCAACAUUUUCCGGUCUCCCUCCUUUCCGUAGCGCUUGGCGGUGGUAUUGACUAAAUAUGUAUGAGUCACAGAUGUUUCGAGCUAAGGAUUGCCCGACCACCCACACACUUUAACACCUCAAGCCUCACAAUGCAACGAUUGGACAAUGAAAGCAGAACGAGUUUGCGCCGUUCGGUUGAACCGCGCCUUGCUGAACCAAAAAGACCAACCCUUGCGUCAAGGCGGUCAUUAGGCAAACCAGAUGAGCGCAAUGGAAUGGAAUGGCGAAAAGGGCGUCACGUCAGCGGGUGUUUUGUCCAACUGGCGAUAAAGAGGCAGCCAAGGCAGGGGGAGGAGAUGAGUCUACCGUAGUCGAGUCUCAUGCGACGUGCGAUGUGGGAUGGGUGUGACGCAGCCGCUUCCAGGCACAAGCAUGUACGCCAUCACCCCCCUCCCGCUGCCCAGGCAACGCCCACUCUUUACGGGCGACAGACGGCCUUUUUUUUUUUCAGUCGCAGUAUUGCGCUUGUCUGCGCAAGUAAAGUACAAGAUACCAAUAUCUCACUGUAAGCCAUGCGGCCCAAGUGGACAUCCUGAUUGCUUCAUUCCGAAUGUGAUGCAUUGGUAGAUGUUUGCUGGUCUUGCUUCUCGAGAGCAAUGGCUACAUGCAUACAUACAUACAUACAUACUCAGACAAGUCUCCCUUGGUUUUUUCCGGCGAUCGUCCAUCCUCUUUUUGUUCGUUUAUCCUGAUAGCUACGCAAGCUUCCUUGCCCUUGCCUUGAUCAACCCCGGAAUCUACUUGCUACCAGCACAAGCACAGUGUGACCAAUCCACGCUCAAACAGGUACCUACCUACCUACCUAACCAGGUACCUGAGCAGGGCGCCGGGAGAGAUUUGGCAUAUAUUGCCUCGAUCCCACCUCGACACUGCCCAACUGGCUUUCGGGCCCUCUCGCUUUUGGAACUUUUGCUUGCCUCGCCUUGCAUACCUAGCCCUGGUUUUCUAAUGUCCCUGACCAGUCGCUACUUGCACAUUUCAUUGUAAUCAAACAGCAGCUUGAUUUUUGCAUCGAUUCACUCUUUUUCUUUGGUUAAUAUUUUCGUCUGCUGGGAGAAUACACUUUGUCUAUCAUGGCUACCACAAACGACAAGGCAAUGUGCCGGCUCCUUUUCGCCAUGUUAAAACAGAAAAAUCUGAAGGAUAUUGAUUGGAACAAAGUCGCUGCAGACCCCGUUCUCCUUCAGCCCAUCACCAACGGCCAUGCCGCAAGAAUGCGAUACAGCCGUUUCAAGGCAUCGAUGGAUCCUGAGGCCAAACUACACAAAUCAGCUGAUAACACUGCCCGAGUGACCAAACCCAAAAAGGACAAAGUUGCAGCCGUAAAAGGAAAGCAACCAACCAGCCAAGAUCCUACACUUGAAGAUGCCCAUAAAUGCGACACAAACUACACAGCUUCGCCGUUCACCAACGUCAAACUCGAAUCUCCUUCAUUCGCCCCCUUGCCUACACCGACGACAUGCGUCGUAUAUCCCGACAGCCAAGUCAGGUUUCACAACAGGCUCAUGACUCCCAGCAGCGACUUGAUGGGCAGCCCUGUGAGCGAGUUCCUCAAUGCUGAGGCUUUCGACUUUUCUCCUGCUCCGGAUACACGGUGCAGCCCUGAUCGCGAACAGCAAUCCUGGCACAAUAGCCCUACCUACCUCAACUUUGGGAUGCCACCCAACUUUGGCGAACAAGCUUCUUCUGCCAUGAUCGACUCUCACAUGGUGCAGACUGGAUCGACUGGAGAGGGAUGGGAAGACUCCCAAUACCACACAAUCUGACGCUCAGGAGGGUCAAAAGUCAGGUUGAGCUGGCUAAUUUUCCAGGUCUCGUUUGGAUACCUUAUGCUGCACAUUAAUUUGCUACCCUAUCAAAGUUAGGGCGCCCCUGGCUUAGAACUAUUCUCUUCUCGUCUGGGCUUCUCUUCUCUGGUUUUGUUGGUGCCAUGUGUAUCACAUGCUCAUGCACCUCUCUUUUCUUGGGUAUGGUUUUGACGUUCAUGUUGGGUUUAGAUUUAGGUGUUCCUGGCGUUUGGGGGACUUUACGAGAACUGAUAUUACUGCAUAAAAAAGACAUGUAUCAAUAUAUUCAGACUGCUACCACGCACUAACUGUGCGAUGAAUGAUGGAUAAGACGUCUCUAAUCUCAAAGGCUUUUUCUUGGCUUCAUCAACCCUUUCUCUUCUGCCCAACAACAAAUCCAACAUCAACAAUGGAGAGAUACAAAAACUCAUAAAAGGCGAAUCGAUGGUUAGUUGUGUCCACUCAUACAUAUAUAGGAUAGGUA